AUGCCACUUCCUACAGCUUCCAUUUAUGAGCCGCCGUCGGCUGGCUUCAAUGGCUUCCCUUCUCGAAGAAGUGUCGUUCACAGCACUGAGGGAAUCGUAGCUGCACCUCAACCUCAUGCGGCGAAAUGUGGUCUUGAGAUCCUCAGAGCUGGAGGAAAUGCUGCUGAUGCAGCUGUCGCAGUUGCCGCCGGUCUUAAUGUCACCGAACCUGUAUCAACUGGCAUCGGAGGCGACAUGUUCCUCCUGUACUUUGACGCCGCGACGAAGCAAGUCAAGAGUCUCAAUGGAUCAGGUCGUUCAGGCGCAAAGCAGUCCCUCGAGACAAUCCGUAAAGCUCUCAACAUCCCCGACGGUAAGAUUGGUGAGAUUCCAACGCAUGGCGUCCACGCUGCAACGGUUCCCGGAGCUGCAGCCGGUUGGGUCGACACCGUUGAGAGGUUCGGAAGUGGAAAGCUUAGUUUGAGCCAAAUCCUUGCGCCUGCUAUUAAGUUAGCUGAGAAUGGGCACCCUGUGUCUGAGAUUGCUUCUCAUUCGUGGCAAGCCCAGGAAAAACUUCUUCGUGAUGCCUCUCCCAAUUUCGCAGAAAUGCUCAAGCAAGACCCCUCCGCACAAGACGGCGUCAGAGCACCCCGUCCAGGCGAAGUUUUCAAGAACCCAACUCUCGCAAAGACCUUUCGCGCACUGGCGACAGAAGGCAAGAAGGGUUUUUAUACCGGUCGCAUCGCAGAGGAGAUUGUCAGAGUUGUGCAAGACCUAGGCGGAUACCUCGAACUCGACGACUUGAAGCACCAUCUCGAAACAGGCACACAAAACACAGAUCCCAUCUCUGUCAAGUUCCGCGGUCAGGGACUCGCGAGUAAAGACCCCAAUGGAGGUGUUGAGCUUUGGGAGCAUCCGCCCAACGGACAAGGUAUUGUUGCGCUGAUGGCCCUUGGUAUCAUUGAGCAGCUGGAAAAGCAGGGCAAGAUUCCCACGUUUGGACCUGAAGACCAUAACUCGACCGUUUAUCUGCAUGCUAUUAUUGAAGCUCUGCGUCUGGGAUUUACGGACGCGAGUUGGUAUGUCACUGAUCCUGAUACCACCAAAGUACCAACAGAGGGCUUGAUCUCUCCUGAGUACCUCGCCGAGCGGGCCAAGAUCUUUGACGCGACAAAGGCCCAUGAUGGAGUUCAGCCUGGAAAUCCCGAUUUUGUAUCACCCGCUCUGCGAAGCAGUGAUACGGUCUACUUUACCGUUUGCGACGCUGCUGGCAAUGCUGCUUCGUUCAUCAACUCCAACUACGCUGGUUUCGGUACAGCGAUUAUUCCCAAGGGUUGCGGAUUCACUCUCCAAAACCGUGGCGCAAACUUCUCUUUGGAUGAGAAGCAUCCUAAUAAGCUUGAGCCGCGCAAGAGACCUUACCACACAAUUAUUCCCAGCAUGGCCACGAAUCUCAGCGACGGAUCUCUACACUCUGCAUUCGGUGUUAUGGGCGGAUACAACCAACCUCAAGGCACACUCCAAGUUCUUCUGAACCAAGUACUAUUCGGUCUGAACCCUCAACAAGCACUUGAUGCUCCUCGUAUCUGCAUUGGAGCCGGUAUGCCUGAUGAGGGUAACGUGCUGGACUGGACUGUGCAUGUGGAGGAGGGUAUCUCGGAUAAGACUGUUGAGGAGUUGAAGGGGUUGGGACAUAAUGUUGUUGUACUGAAGGAUUGGAAGAGGGCUAUGUUUGGAAGGGGACAGAUUAUUAGAUAUACUGUUGAUCCUGAUGGAACGCCGGUUUGGUCGGCGGGUAGUGAUCCUAGAGCAGAUGGCGCAGCAUAUCCUCAGUAA